AUGGAUGCGAUCCAAUGGUUGAAGAUUAAAUUUCUUGGGAGAGGAUCGUAUGGUACGGUCCACCUAGCACAGUCCAGAAACUGGUAUGGUUCUUCUUGGUUAAUGGCAGUGAAGUCUGUGGCUUUUGAGCGCUCUUCUUCGCUGAAGAAGGAGGCACAGAUUCUCCAAGAAUUCGUCGAUUGUCCUCAAGUUGUUCGUGGGUUGGGGUUUGAUGUCACCCUUGAAGGCGGCUUAUGGUUCUACAAUUUAUUUAUGGAGUAUGCACCGGGAGGCACUCUUCACGAUUUAAUCCAAAGGAGUGGCGGAAAGUUGGAUGAACGUGACGUCCAAAAAUUUACUCGAAUGAUACUCAAAGGCCUUCGUUGCAUCCACGAAAAGGGUUAA